AGUUCCGUUAAUCUUGAACAUGGAAGCGAAUGGUUUGAAGCUGAAUUUGUGGGAGAAUGGACCGAAACCCGGUCAGUUUUAUUCAUUCCCGGGUAACAGCAGCACAGUUCCAGGAUGUGGACCCAUUAAACACACACUCAACCCCAUGGUAACGGGCACAUCAGUGCUGGGUGUUAAGUUUAAUGGUGGUGUAAUCAUUGCUGCUGACAUGCUUGGCUCUUAUGGAUCCCUGGCACGGUUCCGCAACAUCUCCCGACUCAUGAAAGUCAACAACAGCACCAUCCUAGGAGCCUCAGGAGACUAUGCUGACUAUCAGUACCUUAAACAGACUAUUGAACAGAUGGUGAUUGAUGAGGAGCUUCUUGGAGAUGGACAUAGCUACACUCCCAAAGCAAUCCACUCCUGGCUUACACGGGUCAUGUACAACCGCCGCAGCAAGAUGAACCCAUUGUGGAACACAGUGGUCAUUGGUGGAUUUUACAACGGAGAAAGCUUUCUUGGUUAUGUGGACAAGUUAGGAGUUGCAUAUGAAGCCCCUACAGUAGCAACAGGAUUUGGUGCCUAUUUGGCUCAGCCCUUGAUGAGGGAGGUGCUGGAAAACAAGGUAGAAAUUACAAAGGAUGAGGCACGAGCACUGAUAGAGCGAUGCCUUAAAGUUCUUUACUACCGUGAUGCCCGCUCCUACAAUAGGCAUGAGAUUGCCAUUGUGACCGCUGAAGGCGUUGAGAUUAUUGGACCACUAUCAUCUGAAACAAACUGGGACAUUGCCCACCUGGUUAGUGGUUUUGAAUGAGCCCUUGUCCUGCUGACCCUGUUUUUCCACAUCAUCUUUGGACAUGUUUUUAGUACCACCAGAUCAUUAUUGUAUUGUCAAGAAUACAGUUAGAUUUGUUUUGUUAUACAUAAAAAAAAAUUCACAAAAGCUGAUUGGUGUGUCCCCAUUGUACUUUCAUAUUUAAGUGAGGUAUAGAUAUUUAACAUUGACCCAUAACAAUUCAACUUUCACACUCCAAUUAACAAUUAAUAAUUUUGUUUCUGUUGCAAGCUACACAUUGCAAAACAACAAUGAUUUAUUGACAUAUAGGAAGCCCUGUAACGCACAUUCUCUGCUCAUUUGCGGUCAUCUCUGCUUUGCUCAGACAAAAUAGUUUAAGUAUUGAUAUAGUGCAAAAUAUUAUUCCCACCUCGUUCCAACAUGCUUGUAGUGUUCAGUACAAAAUCAUUUGAGUUAUAAACCUUAUGCAAUGACAACAAAAAUUAAUUCCCACCUGAUGCGGCCAUUACACCUAGGUAUGUGAAAUUAUAAUUCAACAAUCGGAGUCCGCUAAUACCGCUGUUACCACAUGUUGGGCCCUACAAUUUCUGCAAUGUGGAAAAAAAAAACUGAAUCCAGUCAUAAAAAUGGCAUUCGUUAUAAAUUGUGAAAUGCCACAGAAUUUGACAUAUUUGGGAUGAAAGUUUGUUUGAAUGCACAAUUAACCAAAAUAAAAUCCCGAUAUGUCCUAGUGUAAUUAUAUAGACCGUUCUCAAAUAUCAGGGUUUAGAAUGCAGAAAAAAAAUAUAGCAGGUACACUUGUAUAGCAGAGAACAGAAAAUAUUAUUUUCGUUUACCUGUUACAACAGAAAAAGUUAUACUUUUUACAGCAAACAGAGUGGUUAAUUACAGCAGUCAUAAGAGAGCAAGAGGCCCUAGUUGAAACCUCAUCGCAGCUGUGGCAACUUGUUUUCUAAAACUAAUUCCAGGGAAAUCUGAUUACACCAAAUUAAAAAAAUUGUAAAUAUAAAAAAGUCUGCUAGAUUUACACUGCUAAAUAAGCUGAAAAUGCAUUCAUUCUUAUUUGUAUAGCACGUUACACAACACCGUUUCAAAGCAGCUUUACAGAAAAAGUAACCAGUCUCGAAGUCUUAAAGAGUGAUCAUUGUGUAGUUUGAUUAAAUAUGAUUUAAAUUAUGUAUAAAAAUUGUGUAUAUUUAUUUUUUACUUUUGUAUAUUAAUGUAAUGUUUACAGUACUUAAAUAACAACAACGUUUUAAAGAAAUAUCAAACAUCUGUGAUGUUCUGUUGUGCAGCACUUCAUUUGACAAAAAUAUCUCCAACGUUGUUUCAAAUUGUGUUGAGGGAUUUUGUAAGUGCAUUUCAUUUGAUAAAAUUUAUGUUUAAACAUUUUAUAUAAAUUGGAUUUUCUUUGAUUCAAGUUUCAAUUCAUUCAAUCAGAUAUCAAUCGGAUGAUAAAAUUGAAUGAAUUUAUCAGAGUUCCGAAAAAAUAACCACAAUAUACAACAUGACCUCGUGUGUUUUUGCUAAAACAUUGAAGUAUUACACCUGUUGUCCUUAAAAAUUGCACCUUGAAAAGUGUGGGAACCCUGUAUAAUCGGAUGAAGUUCCAUUCACGAAGCUGUAAUCAUUUACCACCUAUUCUUUUAGGUUCUUUUUCCUUUACUAUUUUCCUUGACAGUUUCUUGAUGACUUGGUGUUUUCUUAGUAAACGGCAAUAAUGGUUACUAAAAAUAAUUGGGCUUUGCCAUCACAAGUAAAAAAAAAAAAAAAAAAAAAAAAA